AAGCAUAACACAGCCAACACUUCAGUCAAGAAGUCGAAGAAACAACAAAACCAUCCAGCAAAAUGUUCAAACUGAUCGCUCUCGUGUCCGCCCUGUGCGCCGUGGCCAGCGCCGGAGUCAUCUCGCCCUAUAGCCAUGGCUAUGGACUGGGCUACGGGGCCGCCCUGGCUCCCGCCUACGCCCCGGCCGUGAUCUCCCACGCCCCGAUCAUCAAGAGCUACGCCACACCCAUUGUGGCCCACCACCCGGUGGCCACUUCGUACGCCAACACCUACAAGGUGGCCACCAAGGCCUACCCCGUGGUGCACGCCGCCCCCCUGGUGCACGCCGCUCCCCUCAUCCACUCGGCUCCCCUGGUGCACGCCUCCCCGGCCCUGCACACCACCUCCACCUACCACGGCGGCUACGGCAGCUACGGAGGCUACCCCAGCUACGGCAGCCUGGGCUAUGCCGGCCUCGGCCACGGCUACGGACACGGAUACCUGCACUAAGGAGUGUGAAGUUCCACUGACAUCCACGACUCUGCGUUGACGACCCUCAUCAUCCAUCCAUCCAUCCCUCGAGAGAUUCUAAAGUGAGAUUCCCGGCAGGACAUUCGCAUUUUGCUGCCGUCAAAGUGUGGAAUCGGAGGAAAGCUAGCAAACUCCGCGUCCGAAUUGUGUACAAAUUUCUUAGCCCUUCGACAGCCCCAAGCACAUAACUCCGCACCCCAGAGACAGAGACAGAGACAUCUAGAGACCUAAGGGAGGAAGGAGAGGCACCAAGAGAUCGAGCGACCAAGAGAGAGAGAGAGCAAGAACGAGAAGUUUUACCAUUUUCGGUGCAAAUUCCACUGCACUCAAGGCUUCGACACUUCCUUUUUGUAAAUAAACGAUGAACAAGAAACACUUAAAACA